GUCGAGGGGAUAUAAGAGUAAUAACUACCGUGUUAAUUCAGCAAUGCUUCCUGCCACUGCGGUUUAUCAUUUUCCUUGGGAACUUAAACCAAGUGCCAUUGCAGACGGAACAUCUGUACGUACGUUUGGAAGGUUGACUUGUUACCGACCAGAGGACUCAACGGCCAUUCUGUCCUCACAUCACGCCUCUAUAAAGUACCAAGUCAGCGUUCAAACGUCAUGUGUUGAGCCGUUCAACCCCUUAUGUGGAGCUCUGUAUAUUGUCUUGGGAGAGAUUGAAAACACAGAAGAGGGAAGCGGUGUGAUGCUGCGAGCCAGAGUGAUGAACUGUGUGGAUGGGGUGGACUUAGCCCUGUUGCAGAAAGCCAUCAACGAGCAAAGAAGCUUCUUCCAAAAGAGUGAGGAUAACAAGGGAAGCACUUCAGGUUGACACGGACUGAAACUACAAAUAAUAAUGCACAAACAGACAAACACCUACAUGACUGGAUGAAAUGGCGAAUGUGAGACUUGUAACAGGGUUUUUGUGGCACAUUAAA